AUGACCGCCCCGAGAUUUCCACGGGUAGCCGUCAUCGGAGGAGGGCCUGCAGGCAUGGCAUCUGCCAAAGCGUUGGCCCUUGAACCCAACAAGUUAACCGCCAUUGACGUGUAUGAGCGCCGAGAUCGCCUCGGGGGCAUAUGGUACUACAUGAACACCCCGAAAGAUAAUGUGCUUCCGCCAAUUCCUUCAACUCUGUGUGAAGAUCAUGAGGUUGUGCUUAAGCCAGGCUUUAUCCUGAGUAUGUACACCUAUUUGGAGACUAAUCUUCAGGUGAAGUUGAUGGAGUACCUGAACUUACCUUUUGAAGGGGGCGAUUUUCCACCCAGAACGAAAGUCUACGACUAUUUAAAUGAAUACGCCAAGACCAUCCCUGAGUCAGUCAACGUCAAAUUCAACUCCGACGUCGACGAAGUGAAGAAAGAGGGCGACGUGUGGAAAGUCACCUCAAACGGGGAAUUGAUCGAAUACGAUGCAGUGAUUGUGGCUAACGGUCACUUUGAUCUCCCUUUCAUACCCAAUGUGUUUGGUUUAUCAGAAUGGAAUGAGAAGCGACCCAAUACUGUCACACAUUCUAAGUAUUUCGUCACAAGUGAACCUUACAAGGGGAAAACGGUGCUUGUUGUGGGUAAUGCCUGGCUGGGAAUUGAUGUUGCCGUUCAGGUGGGGGUAGUUGCAAAGAAGGUGUACGUUUCGUCUCGCACACCAGAAAAGAUAACAAAGAUCGACUUGUCUCUGGUUGAAGAAGUGGGUGUCAUAACUGAAUUCGAUCACGAAAAUCAACGAGUGAUCUUAGCCGAUGGGACUGUACUUGAAAACAUUGAUGCUGUGAUAUACUGUACGGGAUAUCUUUAUCAAAUGCCAUUUCUCAAAACUUACGGCGAUCUAAUCACAGAACAUGUAAUUAAGGGCUUGUUCCAUCAGACGCUUUACGUGGAGGAUCCUUCCAUCCUGUUUGUGGCUCUACAAAAAGGAGUUUUACCCAUGCCACUCCUGGAACUUCAAGCUGCGAUGAUCGCUCGAGUUUACAGUGGCAGAUUGGCACUCCCUCCGACGUGUCAUAUGAGAGCGAUGCUGAAUGCCGAAUACGAGGCACGUGGUGACAAAAUCCAUGAAUUCAACUAUCCCUUAGACGUCGAAUUGUACCGACUGUACUUUAAAGUUCUCGCCGAUCGACCGGGAUUAUUGGAUCUGGGUCUCAUCCCCGUUUAUUGGGAUGAUGAGAUGAAGAAGGCGAGAUCCGAAACGAAAGACUUAAAACUUGCCCGUAUCAAGGAAAUUUUCAAAUGGGCGGAACACUUGAGAAAGGAAGGGAAACCAUUCACCCUUGCGCCACAUAAACGUGGUGAAUUUGGUCACUGA